GGCCGCGUGUUUACGUGGAGAUGAAGAUGGCGGCGCCGGUGGCCCCUGCGCGGCCGCUGCCGUCGCCGUGAGGCGGGUUUGGGACGGGACCGGACGAUACGGGACGGGACAGCCCAGGCAGGCUGUGCGCCCCGGCUGAGGGCGGAGCGGGCCCGCCUCCCGCCGCCGCUAACGCUCCGCUCUCCCCGCACAGGCGCCAUGGAGGACGAGGAGCGGCUGAAGAAGCUGGAGGCUGGGAAAGCCAAGCUUGCCCAAUUUAGGCAGCGGAAAGCACAAACUGAUGGUCAGAAUGCAUCCAAGAAGCAGAAAAAGAAAAGGAAAACAGCAAGCAUCAAAGAUGAAGAAUCAAUACAAGAUGGGAUUGAUAUUGAUCGAUCUCGAGGUGAUGAAACAUCCACAUGCAGCAGCCGAAGGGGAGCAGCUGCAACUGCAGAGUUUGCUGUUACGAGGACUUUGCAUAGUGGAGAAAUUAUCACACACAGCCAGACUUACACCACUGAGCCGGAAAGUGAAAUUUCCACUACUGUAGAAGAUUACAGUUCUGAGGUAAAUGGUUGCAGAUUUGUGACAAGAACAGCUAUACCUGCAGACUUAAUCAGGGAAGAAGAACUUGGAGUUGGAGAGAUUUGUUCAGAACAUGGAAUGCAGCACUCUGAGAUGCAACUAGAGGUGAUGGUGAAUGAAUUGGCUGGGAAACAACAAGAGAUUGAAGAACUAAACAGAGAGCUAGAAGAAAUGAGGGCAGCAUAUGGUACAGAAGGAUUGCAACAGCUGCAGGAAUUUGAAGCUGCUAUCAAAAAAAGAGAUGAUAUUAUCACUCAGCUCACUACUAACCUACAGCAAGCACGGAAAGAAAAGGAUGAAACUAUGAGGGAGUUUUUGGAGCUUACGGAACAAAGCCAAAAACUGCAAAUUCAGUUUCAGCACUUACAGGCAAGUGAAGCCCUAAGGAACACCAGCCAUAGUUGCACAGCUGCUGAUUUAUUGCAAGCCAAGCAACAGAUACUCUCACAUCAGCAACAGCUAGAAGAACAAGAAUGUCUGCUGAAGAAUUACCAGAAGAAGAACGAAGAAUUUCAAGUGCAGAUUGCACAUCUUCAUGACAAAAUCAAAACAUAUGAAAUGGAAAAGCACAAAAACAAGGGAGAAGAUAUGAGUAGACUACAAGAAAAAGAAGCAUUAGUUGAAGAGCUGGAAGCAAAACUUGGAGAAGAAGAAAAAAAUUCAUUUCAGCUUAAGGAAAAAUUAUCAGAUGUCAGUAAAUUACAUGAAGAAUUAAAAGAACAGAUUUCACUAAAGAACCAGGAGAUAAGUAGUAUGAAAGUUGAACUUACCACCUACAAACAGAAAGAAAGACAAUGUUCUGAUGAAAUAAAACAAUUAAUGGGAACUGUGGAAGAACUGCAGAAACGAUGUUAUAAAGACAGCCAGACUGAGGCUGACAUUGUGCAAAGAAUGGAAUUGGAAACACAAAGGAGACUGGCACAACUUCAGGCUGAAUUAGAUGAAAUGCAUGGCCAGCAGAUUGUCCAAAUGAAGCAAGAAUUAAUUAAGCAACAUGCAAUGGAAAUUGAACAACGUCUUUCACAACAAAAAGUAGAAUUGGAGAAAACUUCAAGUCUGUGUUUGAAUGAUAAUGUUAAUAAAGAUCAAAUGCAUUUAAUGAAUAUUAAAAUUAAUGAAUUGAACGUGAAGUUGCAAGAUGCUGAUAAUGAAAGGGAAAAAAUAAAGCAAGAAUUGUCACAACAGAUGGAAGUAAUUUCAGCAGAGAAGUCUCUUCAGCAAACUAAAAUUGAAGAUCUUUUCCAAGAACUGAACUUUUCAAGAGAGCAGUUUCAAAGAGCCAAACAAACUAUAAUGGAUAUGGAAUGUAGGUUGAAUGAAGCUGAAAAAUACCAGUUUGUGAUUGAAGAUCUAAAAUCUCAGCUGGCUUCUGCCUCUGAAUUUAGGAAGGAAUUGGAAUUAAAACAUGACGCAGAAGUGACAAAUUACAAAAUAAAACUUGAAAUGCUUGAACGGGAGAAGGAUGCAGUUUUAGACAGGAUGGCAGAGUCUCAAGAAGCAGAAUUAGAGAGACUGAGAACAAAGCUUCUGUUUAGUCAUGAAGAGGAACUUUCCAGACUUAAAGAAGACUUGCAGAAAGAGCACAUGGUGAACAUGGAAAGCCUUAAAGAGAACUUGAAUAUACACCAUAAACAGCAGUUAGAUGGUAUACAAAAAGAAAUGAGUCAAAAGAUAGAAGUCAUGCAGCUUGAAAAGGACAACUUAAUCACAAAGCAAAAUCAGUUGAUAUUAGAGAUUUCAAAAUUAAAAGAUUUACAGCAGUCUAUUGUAAAUUCUAAAUCUGAAGAAAUGACCCUUCAAAUUCAUGAGUUGCAGAAGGAAAUUGAAGUGCUUAGGCAAGAAGAAAAAGAAAAAGGUACUCUUGAGCAAGAAAUUCAAGAGCUGCAGCUUAAAACUGAAUUGAUGCAGAAACAAAUGAGGGAGACAGAAGAUAGCCUUCAAAACAAAUGUUCAGAACUUGAAACACAAAAUAACCUUCUUCAGGGGGAAAACAAAAGUCUGGAAGAGAAAUUAAAAAACAUGUUGAUAAUCUCUGAAACAAAUGACAUUGUUAAUGACAGUAUUAGUUCUAAGUCAGAAAAUUUGGAUGUGCAAAAAAGAAUAGAAAACCUGAUUGCUGAAAAUGAGCAACUCAAAAAACAAAACAAUCAACUCCAGGAGGAUACUGAAAGGCAAAAGAGUGCAUUUUUGUCUACUGAGAAAGAACUUGAAGCUAAUUAUAAAAAGCUGCAGAAAGAGUGUGCAAGCCUUCUGAAGGCAAAAACUGAGUUAGAAGAGAACAAGGCUAAGCAGGAAGCUGAAUAUAAAGUCAAACUCAAAGCUUUGAGUAAAGAACUUCAGCACUUGCAAAGCAAUAGACCACUUGUAUUUAAAACUAGAACUGCUGGUUUCGAAGGGAGUAAAGAAAAGGUGUCCAGGGCAGACACACUUGAGGCUGGAGAAGUUGUUGAGAAAGAUGCAACAGAACUUAUGGAAAAGCUUGAGGUUACCCAACGUGAGAAAAUGGAAUUAUCCCUGAGACUUUCUGAUCUUUCUGAACAGUUAAAGUCAAAACACAGUGAAAUUUGUUGUUUAAAUGAAAAAGUUAAAUCUUUAAACGAUGAGAAAGAACAAGUUCUUGCAAGAUGUAAAGAACUAGAAGUUAGAAUUAGCCGUGCUCAGAGAGGAAGUAUUAGUAGUACUGGACCUAAGACAAAAUGCUUUAAAGGAAAAGCCGUAAAGACUGCUACUCCAGCACCUGAGAAUAGAAGUAAAACAUCUGGUCCUAGCAAUGAAGUCAAUGAAGGAAUAAAUGUAAGGGAAAAUCUGGGUUCAGGUAAAGAUACCAGUCAUCAGGUAACAAAAGGAAAGGAAAUAGAGCAAAUGUUGAAACUAGAACAGCCAUCUCUUGUGGAACAUUUACAUCAGAUGCCAGACAGGCUGCCAGAUGAAACAUCAUUAAUAGCCAGUACACAGAGUGAAAAUAAUAAUCUUCAGCAGCAAGUGAAUACAUUAAAAUCAGAACAGACUGAUUUACAGCUACAGAUGGAAGCACAGCGCAUUUGCCUGUCCCUGGUUUAUUCAGCUCAUGUAGAUCAGGUUCGUGAGUACCUGAAAGAAGAAAAAGAGAGUGCACUUUGCAGUCUUAAAGAGGAGCUUGUACAUAGUCAUCUACAAGAGAUGAAUGAUCUUAAAAAAAUGCAUCAGCUGGAGCUCCAGACCUUGAAAAUUCAGCAAGCAGAUGAUGAAGUCACACCUACUCAGAAACUUAUAGAAAAGCUGAAUGACGCUGUAACUGUGGAAUGUUCUAGGCUCACACAGGAUUUGUGUGAUAACUGGAAUGAACAAUCUUCAACUGCUAUAGAAUCUGAUCAUAGAGAACAAGAUAUUUUCCAUAGACCUUCUGAUGAGAAAGAAAAACUGAAUGUAGAAUUACCAAGACACAGAGAUCAGGUUCAGGCUUUGCAAAAACGUAUGGAAGCACUUCUUCACAAGAUAAUGGAAGAAUACAGUAGUCUAACAGCACUACAAACACAGUUGAUGAAGGAUUGUAAACAGGUCAAAGAACCAUGGCUAUCAUCUUCGGAACCAGAGAAAAGGAAAGAAGAGAAACCUAACCAUCUGGAAACAAGACGGGAAUGUCUGCAGGGCCCUUCACAGGGUCUGAUGGAUUCUAAGAUUCAUGAGUACUGUUGGAAGGAGAUGGAAAACAUUAAAACACAACUUGAAGAACAACAUGCUCAAGAAGUGGAGUACCUCAGGUCAUAUUUCCAACAACAGCUGAAAGAAAGUGAAGAGAGGUACACGACAGAGAUUGUUCAUUUGCAGAAUAAGAUUCGGAGUGCUGGGUUACCCUCUGACUACAUGAGUAUAUCCACAGAUUCACAAAUGAAGCUAAAAGAGGUCUUCAGAAAAGUGAAGUGCACUGAAAAUCAUCAGCAAAGAGCAGAUGUAGCAAUGGAGCUUGCUAGUGAAAUUGAAAUGAAAAAUGAUCUGGAUGUUGUUCAAUUGCUAGAAAAGCAGUACCAAGAACGAUUAGAAGAAGAAAUAGCAAAGGUAAUUGUGUCAAUGAGCAUAGCAUUUGCCAAACAGAGUGAAUUAUCAAGAAUUGCUAGGCAGAAGAAAGAAGAAACACAAACACAAAUUGCGCAUCAACAGGGAAAGCAUUUUGAAAUUAAAAAGGAGUGUAGCGAAGAAGAGGUUGACAGCCCCCUUAAAAAAGCAACAGAAAGGUGCACUAAGCCUGAAGAAGAAUUGAAAUCACUUUGCAAAGAGCUCAUUGAAGAAUCUGGUGAAAUGAACUUACUUGGAAAACAGCUUUGUUCCAGUAACAAGUCUGGUUAUGUGUUAGGACAGACCACACAUGAAUCAGUUAUUUCUGAAGAACUUUUCUCCCAUGUCAAAGGGCAUAUGGCAGAAGAAACAUUGCGCAACAAUAUGGUAACAGCAUCAGACACAGAAACAUCGAGUCAGCUGUUGUUGUAUGAGGAGCGUUUGGAAGACAUGCGACAGGAGCUAGUACGGCAGUAUCAGGAACAUCAGCAGGCAACAGAAUUACUGAGACAAGGGCAUAUGCAGCAAAUGGAACGUCAAAAAGAAAAUCAAGAACAACUCUUAGCAGAGCUUGAGUGUCUUAAAGUGCAAUUAGCUGAGCGUGUCUCAAUGGAGAAUGACAGCCUGGCUGCAGAGAGAGAGAGAAUUCUCUUAGAAGAACUGGAAUCAUUAAAGCAACGUUCCUUACCUGGAAAAGAGAGGCAAUUCUGUGAGCUACAAAACAACAGCACACAAACUGAGAAUGAGAAUGAAAAUGAAAACCAAAAUGAUGUGAGAGAGCAAAUCUCGGUGGAUAAAGACGGAGGAAGAAAGCCUGAUGAAACAUCUCCAGAUCUUCUUUCUAAAGAAAGGCAUGGUUUUCAGAAGGCUAAUCAGAAACUCAUGAAGAUUCUUUUAGAAGUUGUGAAGACAACUGUGGCCACGGAGGAGACAAUUGGUCGCCAUGUAGUUGGGUUACUGGAUAGGUCUGGGAAAGUCCAGCCUUCCAAACCAGCUGGAUGGGACGCAGAUCCAGAGGAGUCAGUAAAACCUUGUGUCCGUGUGGGUUAUGAAAAAGAGUCCUGUUCCUCAUACCAUGGUAGUAGCAUGGGAGACGAUGAUAUUAACCUGUGGUCAGGAGCAACGGAUGAAGGAUUGCUGAGCCAACAUCUUGCAGAAGGUGGAGUGGAAUUAGAUCCUGAAAAUGAAGAACUAGUUAUGAAUAUUAGUUCUCGACUACAGGCGGCUGUUGAAAAGCUUCUGGAAGCUAUCAAUGAAACUUCUAAUCAGCUUGAACAUGCUAAAAUUACCCAGACAGAACUCAUGCGAGAAACCUUCAAAAAGCAACAAGAGGCCACAGAGUUUAUCAGGUAUCAGGAAGAACUGCAAGAACAUCUUAAUGAAGAAACCAAAGCCAGAGAGCAAUUGGCUUUGGAGCUUAGUAAAGCUGAAGGCCUCAUUGAUGGUUAUGCAGAUGAAAAAGCAUUUCUGGAAAAACAGCUCCAGGAAAAAAUAGAUGUAAUUGACCAUCUUGAGCAAGAACUACUGCGUACAGGUAACAAAUUGCAGGAGUUAGAGGCUGAGCAGCAGCAGAUCCAGGAAGAAAAGGAAUUACUUGCCAGACAGAAGGAUGCCAUGAGAGCAGAUGCGGGGCCAGUAGAGCAGCGCCUAGUAGAUGCUGCAGUCGAUGCAGCUUCCCAAGCAGAGUUACUGGAGGAAACAGAAAAGCUAAUGAAAGAAAAAAUUGAAGUACAGCGUCAAGCUGAAAAAGAAUACGAUGACCUUCAGAAGCAAGUGAAAGUCUUGGAAAUAGACUUGGAAGAGCAAGUGAACCGGUUUAUUGAGCUAGAGCAAGAAAAAAAUGCAGAACUAAUGGACUUAAGGCAGCAAAACCAGGCUUUGGAGAAGCAACUUGAGAAAACAAGAAAAUUUCUCGAUGAGCAAGCAGUUGACAGAGAACAUGAGAGAGAUGUGUUCCAGCAAGAGAUACAGAAGCUGGAACAACAGCUGAAGGUUCCGCAAAGGAGUCAGCCUGUCAAUGAACAUCAAAGCAGAGAGGUUGAACAGCUAACCAACCAUCUAAAAGAAAAAACAGACAAAUGCAGUGAGCUUUUGCUUUCUAAAGAGCAACUUCAGCGAGAUGUACAAGAACGAAAUGAAGAAAUUGAGAAAUUAGAAUGCAGAAUAAGAGAACUGGAACAAGCCUUAAUAAUCAGUGCAGACAACUUGCAAAAGGUGGAGGAAAGGAAACAAUUUGGCACCAUCAUAGUAAAGGGAGAAUUACCUCUUGAAAUACAACUACAAGCUGAACGAGAAGCUGUGGACAGAAAGGAAAAGGAGGUCACAAACCUUGAAGAACAGCUGGAGCAGUUCCGAGAGGAGCUAGAAAAUAAAAAUGAAGAAGUUCAGCAAUUGCACAUGCAACUAGAAAUUCAGCGAAAGGAAUCCACUACACACUUGCAAGAGCUUGAACAAGAAAACAAAUUGUUUAAGGAUGAAAUGGAAAUACUGGGACUAGCUAUGCAGAAAUCUGAGGAUGCCACCAUAAAGGACCAUCAUUUAGUGGCUGGGAGACUCACACACAUCAUGCAAGAAAAGGAGCAGGAAAUAGAUCAUCUUCAUGAACAAAUUGCAAAACUGCAACAGCAACUUGAAGGCACAACUGACAACAAAGUUCUUGAAGAGCAAAAUGAGCAUAUACGGGAACUUGAAGCCCAGGUAGAAUGUCUGAGAAGCGAUCAAGAACGUGUGAAGAAAAAAAAUGAUGAGGAAAUAGAGCAGCUGAAUGAUGUAAUUGAUAAGCUUCAGCAAGAACUGGCAAAUAUUGAACAAAAACUGCCUGCAGACAGUGCUGCUUCUCAUGAGGAUGCUGACAGUCUGAAACAUACACUUGAAACAGUUCUAGCAGAAAAAGAAGUUUUGGAGAAGCAAGUAGAAAAUAUUACUGUAGAGGCAUCUCGAACAAAGAAUGAGCUUGAGGAAACUAAGUUAGAAAUUAACCAGCUAAAGCAAGAAAUAAACAUGUUAAAAAAAGAAUAUGAAGGAGUAACAGAGAAGUAUAAAUGUGCACUGAUGAAAAGUGACAAGGAAAAAACAGAAGACAGGAGCAAUGGGAAAACUGAGAAAGUGGAUGAAGGCUCAAGUGAGAUGAUAGAAUUGCCAGAUCAAACCCAGCUCAGGUCUUCAGAUGAAAAUACAAGGGUCACCAUUAGCAUGAUGGAGGUACAACUGCAGCAGCUUCAGGCAUGCAUUAAGGAAAAAGAUUCAGAACUGUGCCAAUCCUACAGUGAAAUAAAAGACCUGAAAGAGCAAGGCAGAGCUGAAAGAGAAGCACUUAAAAAUAAGAUAAUAGAACUAGAGAAAAUACUAGUGGAAAAAGUUGCAGCUGCUCUUGUGAGUCAGGUUCAGCUAAAUGCAGUUCAAGAGCAGAGGAGAUUCAUGCAGGAAAUUCAGGAAGCUUCAAAAUGUGUCGAGGAAACGAGCAAGAAUCUCCAAAUGGAGAGUUUGAGUAGUAUAACUGAAAAUGAGAUGGAAUCAAAGUUAUUACUCUUAACACAGAGGCUCAGUGAGAUGGAGGACCAGCUGGCAAAGGUAAAUCGUAACUUGGAGCUAGAAAAAGAAAAUGUAAAAAUUUCACAAAAGGAAGCUAAAUUGAAAGAAGAAAGACUAAUAGAACUUCAGCAAUUACUAGAAGAGGUUCAAGAGAAACACAGAAGAGAGAUUCAGAAAUACAUUAAGCAAGAAGGAACACGGACAAAUCUGGUAGGAGAACACCUCAUGGAAAGUCAAAAAGAAAACGUACUUAGUAAUGAACUUGAACUAGAGAAAGUUAAAGAAGAGGCAGCUGCUGCUAAGGAAGAGCUGAGCAGUUACAGAGAAGAGGCCGAAAAACUUCAGCAACAACUAUCAGUAAAAGAAGCAAGUCUGGUACAUCUUCAGGAAGAUCUGUGCAAAGUCAAAGAGAAGCUAGUUCAUGUAGAAGAGAAGCUGGCAAAUUAUGUGAGGAAGGACAAGGAAAUGGCAAAAACUGAAAGCAAAAAAGAUGCAGAAAUAAUGUGUGAUUUGCUAAGUGAGUCUACUCAGAUUAGCAAAAGCACAUCUUCACAGACAGACAAGAAUGUGGAGAUGAACAGCUAUAUUGAAACUUCACCAACCCUUGUUAAAAAUGCAGAAAUUCAAAUUGACUUGCAAAGUGGAUGUUCUUCAGAAGAGAUUGCAGAGAUCAUAAGAGAAUUUAAUGAAAAAAUUGACCAAAUGCAAGAACUCCAUGCUGCUGAAAUCAUGGACAUGGAGACAAGGCAUAUCUCUGAAUCUGAAGCAUUAAAAAGAGACAAAUUUGUUGCAGUGCAAGUAUUGACUGAUGAAUGUAAUGCUUUAAAGGAAGUCAUAGAGACUCUGCAAGCUAAAGAGGGCAUCCCAAUUUCUGGAUUAGUGCGUUCUCCACUGUAUCAAGCUAGAGAUGGAGGUUCUAGUGACUCCAGUUCGGACUGGAGUCAAGGAAUGUAUCUUGCUCAGACCCAGGGAUCUGACACAAUAUCUGAAGGAAUAGAUGAAGGUGAAACUUCAACUGAUUUGCUUCCCCAAAAAAUUAAGGGUUUGCUGAGAGCAGUCCAUCAUGAAGGCGUACAGGUGCUGUCUCUCACUGAAUUUCCGUAUGGUGAAAGAGAGAUGUCACCACCUAAGCAAGGACCAGAUUCUUGGCUUGAGGAAAGGAAAGCUUUUCUGAGCACCAUUUCAUCUUUGAAAGACCUGAUAUCAAAAAUGCAACUUCAUAGAGAUGCUGAGAUUUAUGCAAGUUCAGAAUCUCCUGAAGGUGACUCAGACUGGCGAGGAGAACUCCUGCACACCAUUCAACAGGUUUUUGUGAGGGAACAGAGUGUUCUUCUUGCUGUGUUUCAAACUGAACUUGCGGAACUUGGGGGCACAAGAGAUGCAGUGAUACUGAUGAAUCAGUUAGAGCACAGACUACAAGAGCAGGCUACUAAUCAGAGAGCAGCAAUGGACUGUCUUCAGCAUGCCGACAGAAGAAGUUUGCUAAUGGAGAUUCAAGUAUUGCAUGCUCAGAUGAACUCUAUGAAAAGUAAUCCAAAGAGAGAACAAGAAAUUGAUUCAAAAAGCCAAGAAAUGCUGGAGUAUAACAUGCAGCAGAAGCAGUCACAAAUACUUGAAAUGCAAGUGGAGCUCCGGAGUGUGAAGGACAGAGCAGCUGAACUUCAGGAACAGCUGAAUUCAGAGAGGAUGAUGGGUGCUGAGCUGAAGAAUGAACUUGCACAAGCCAAACUAGAGCUUGAAACAACCCUGAAAGCACAGCACAAGCACUUCAAGGACCUAGAAACCAUCAGGACUGAAGUUAAAGAAAAAGCAGCUGAGCUAGAUAUUCUCAAGGACACAAUGGCUGGCGAACAGAAGAAAUCAAGAGAGCUACAGUGGGCUUUGGAAAAAGAAAAAGCUAAAAUGGAACGCAGCGAGGAAAGACGAAGAGAAGAGCUUGAGGACUUAAAAUUUUCACUCGAAGGUCAAAAACAAAAGAACUUGCAGUUAAAUAAACUUUUGGAACAAGAGAAACAACUGUCAAGUGAGCUGCAACAGAAAAUUGAAUCCCAAGAAGCACUCAGUGCUGCCCAGCUGUCACGUGAACAAGGCCGUAAUUCUGAGUUGCAGGUGCUUCUUGAAUCAGAGAAGGUUCGAGCUCUUGAAAUAAGCAGUGCCCUAGAAAGGGAAAAAGAGCUAUGUGCUCAGCUUCAAAGUGCUGAAGAUAAGGGGCAAGCCGGAACACCUAAUCCGUCUGAGGAAUUACUUAAAGAACUACAAAAACAAAUGGAUGAAAAGCACGACCGUAUAGUGGAGUUAGUAAGUGAAAUGGAGAAGUACAAACUAGAAUCUGUGCAAGUGAGUCAGCAAAUGGAAAAAGAAAGGCAAAUCCAGAGGAAAGCAUUGCAAGCAGAACAAGAUGCUAACAUAGCAGCACAGAAAAAACUUCAUGAACUGGAGUCCAAAGUAGAAGACCUUCAAUGGCAACUUGGACAGAAAGAGCAAGAGAUUCAUAAAUUAGAGAACAAGACAAAGAAGUUACAGGAAGUAAUCCAAGAACUGCAGAUCAAAAAGCAGGAGAGUGAAGGAAAAAAGGAAACCGAAAGAACAGCAAGCCACAAUCAAAAUGAGACUACUUGGGAUACACCCAAUGAGAGAACAAGAAAUUGGGUUCUCCAGCAAAAAAUUGAAGGAGCUGAGACAAAUGGAUCAACCUACCCCACGCUGACAGGAAGAGGAGGAGGAGGAGACCUGUCUGCAGCUACUGAAAUUCUGGAAAAUGUCAGACAAAAGCUGCAAAACGCAUCUCCAAAGCUGAAGAAGUUGGCUCGAAAAGCUGCUAGCAGAUUGCAGUUUGAAACAGCAGAUGAUGAAGACUUCAUUGCAAUACAGAGUGCUAUUGAAGAAGUUAUUUCAGACCUGCAAAAACUACCUGGAUUGUCCUAUCUGGAAGAGCUAAAGCUCACGCUGCCACCAGGAACUCCGUCUAGCUCGUUGACUGAAAGGCUGCUGCGACAAAAUGCUGAGCUGACAGGCUUUGUCAGCAGGCUGAGUGAGGAAAAGAAUAAUUUGAGGAAUGCUGUUAUGAAACUGGAGGAAGAACUGAGGAGAUACCAGCACAGACAACCUUCUGGAGACUAUUUUUCCAGACACUCAUCAGAUCUUGGAGUUAAUAUUGAUACCCUUGUUGCCUCUGAGAAGGAAAAUUGGAACAGAGAAAAGCUAUCACUGCAGAAGUCUUUGAAACAAGCAGAUGCAGAGCUGUCCAAGCUGAGAGCAGAAAUCAGGAGCGAAGCUUUCCUCAGAGAACUGGGAUCAGAUUCUGAAAAUGUUAUUUUAAGGAGAAUUUAUGGAAAAUACCUACGAGCAGAGAGCUUUCGGAAGGCUCUCAUAUAUCAGAAAAAAUACUUGCUGCUGUUACUAGGUGGAUUCCAGGAGUGUGAAGAAGCCACGCUGGCCCUCAUUGCACGAAUGGGCGGACAGCCUUGCUACACGGACCUUGAAAUCAUCACUCAUCAUUCAAAGGGUUUUACAAGGUUUCGCUCUGCGGUCAGAGUGUCCAUUGCGAUUUCAAGAAUGAAGUUCUUGGUUCGUCGAUGGCACAGAGUUACAGGUUCUGGUAUACUGAGUAUCAAUAGGGAUGUCUUUAGCCAGAACACAGGUAACGAAUUACGGCCCGAUUCAUUCUCUGGCGGCAUGGAUCUUUACGGAGAGCAAAGACAUUCCUGUAGGUCUCGAUCAGACAUGGAGCCUCCCAGAUCUCCUAUAAACUUUCAGCAUAAGUUCCACAGUAUGCAUGCCGAUUUGAACCCGGUCUCAUUCGCCUGUUCUCAGCUGCAGAACUAUGAUCCUGAAAGAGCGUUAACAGACUACAUCAACCGGCUGGAGGCACUGCAGAGGCGACUGGGAAGCGUGCAGUCAGGUUCGACUUCGUACACUCAGCUGCACACCGGUAUGAGAAGAUAAUACCUUUCCACCACCUCCAUCGCUGGCAGGGAUGGCAGUGGGCUGCCUUCUGCAAACCCGUGCUCUUCCUGUGCUUCUGUACAACGUGUAUAGUGUGGGACCAACAGAACACAGCGCUGCGACUGGCACACCCCUGCAGACUGGGAUUUAUGUAUAUAGGCACUUUGUGGUCAUGCAAAUAAAAUCAUUAAAUUACAUGUAUAUUGUGGAAUGCUAAUUUAAAUGAUUAACUUAUGAAGUGUGUAUUUAUCAAAAGGCUGCGAAGAUGAAACUGGUGUAUUAAGGAAAUUGAGCUACAUUCAGAGAAGUUCACUUGCACUUUUUCUGGCAAGGCUACUGAAGUUACAAGUCUCCCAUAAUAUUUGCUACUGGCAGUGCAGACAGAAUAUCACUUGUAGAGACCUAUUUUUGUAAUGGUAGAAGUUUUGAAUUUUAUGAGUAUUUUGUCAAAGUACUGAAAUAAAGAUGACUUCAUGCUUUUAA